UCCGGGCAUGCUGGGAGUUGUAGUUUUGCAACAGCUGGAGACACACUGCUUGGAAAACACUGGCCUAUAGGAAGGGGCAGUGGUGCAAGUAUUGGGGGUGUUAUAGAAUGCAGACUUCCAAGAUGGCCGAGAGAAAGAUCCUGAUCCUCUAUGGGAGUCAGACGGGGACGGCAGAGGACAUGGCAGAGAGGCUGGGCAGAGAGGCCCGGCGCAGGGUCUUCACCUGCAGGGUGGACGCCAUAGACAGCUACAACAUUGCGAAUCUUGUCCACGAGCAGCUGGUGAUAUUUGUCUGCGCCACAACGGGACAAGGUGACCCCCCGGAUAACAUGAAGAACUUUUGGAGGUUCGUCUUCCGCAGGAACCUGCCCCACAAUUCCUUGUGUCAGAUGGAUUACGCCGUUCUGGGUCUGGGAGAUUCUUCUUAUCCAAAAUUUAACUUUAUCGCUAAAAAACUGCACAAGCGCCUUCUACAGCUCGGAGCCAACCCCAUCCAGUCACCGGCCCUGGGGGACGACCAGCAUGAUCUGGGCCCUGAUGCUGCGGUGGAUCCAUGGAUGAUAGAUCUGUGGGAUAAGAUCCUGUCCUUACAUCCCCUCCCUCCGGGUCUCAGCCCCAUCAGUGACCUCAUCAUGCUUCCCCCAAAAUUCUCCCUCCGCUUCCUGGAUAAACAGACGACCCCAUGUAACAGCGCAGAGAUCAGGGGCGCCCCGACCGAACUUCAGCCGCACUGGGCUCCACUGGUGACCAACCAACGGGUGACCGCGCCGGAACAUUACCAGGAUGUGCGGCUUAUAGAGUUUGACAUCACCGGAUCCGGAAUUCAAUACUCCCCCGGUGAUGUAGUGAUGAUCCAGCCCCACAAUUCCCCUGAGGACGUUCAGCAGUUCUGUUCUCUUCUCCGUCUUGAUGCCGACGCCGUCUUUGUCUUGGACGCCCAUGAUCCAGACACCCCGGCGCCUCCACAUCUUCCGCAGCCGUGCUCGGUGCAGCAUCUGGUGGAGCGGUACCUGGACAUCCGCUGUGUCCCUCGCCGAUCCUUCUUCCAGCUUCUCUCCUAUUUCUCUCCGGAUGAACAGGAGAGAGAGAAGCUGCAGGAGUUCAGCUCGGCGGCCGGUCAGGAGGAGCUGUAUACGUACUGCAACCGGCCCCGGCGGACCACCCUGGAGGCGCACCCUAACAAACUGCAGAUCCUGAUGGCCGUGGUGCAGUACAAAACAAGGCUGCAGGAGGUCCGCCGGGGUCUGUGCUCCACGUGGCUGGCGUCCAUCCGUCCGGAGGAAGGUAAGCGGGUUCCAUUAUGGGUGAAGAAGGGGAGUCUGAAGUUCCCCAGUCACCCGGACACCCCACUGGUUAUGGUGGGACCAGGGACUGGAGUGGCUCCCUUCCAUUCAGCCAUAGAGGAGAGAGCGGCACUUAGGAUACCCGGGAGCAAUUUGUUUUUUGGCUGCAGAGGAAAAACCAAAGAUUUCUAUUACAAGGAGGAAUGGGAGGCUCUGGAAAAGACGGGGCUCCUCCAGCUGUUCACGGCUUUCAGCAGAGAUCAGGAGGACAAAAUUUACGUUCAGCAUCGGAUAAAGGAGAAUGGCGCAUACCUGUGGCAAUUGAUCAGUAACAAACAAGCUUCCUUCUACAUAGCCGGAAAUGCCAAAUCGAUGCCGAACCAGGUGACGGACGCCUUGAAGUCCGUCUUCCAAUCGGAGGGUCAGAUGUCCGCCGCAGAGGCCGAGCAGUACCUGGCCAUGCUGGAGAAAUGUGGACGCUUCCAGAGCGAGACCUGGUCGUAAAGCAUCGGCCUACAAGAGCCUCCUAAAUCAUACCUCACCCCGGUCACUGAGGGGAACCGCUAUACAAGUGACUGCCCUGCACUGGUGGACAUUCACUUUAAUGGGAAUUAGAAAUACAUAGCAAAAAUAAAUAAAAAGUCGUCUUGUGAUAUUGCAGAUCGGAUCCAUUUUUAAGUUAACGGAGCUGAGCCGCAAUACCACACACAACCUGUGGACAGGAGCGGCGCUAUUUAUGGAAAGGAAUCAGCUGUGCAUUGCUAAUCCUGAAAGUACUGGGACCACUGGACUAUGUGCAUUUUACAUAUAUAUAUAUAGAUAUUAAAGUGAUUUAUUAUUACAGAAUCUGUGUGCGGAUCCAUAUUGUUUGCAGAGAAGGGAGAUUGUGGGAAUGCAUAAUCUAAAGCAGUGGUCUCCAAACUGUGGGGUUGCAAAACUACAACUCCCAGCAUGCCCGGAUAGCCAUCAUGCUGAGAGUUGUAGUAUUGCAACAGCUGGAGGUUGACAGUUGUGUUUCCCAACCAGGGUGUAACUAGAUAUUGCAAAACUACAACUCCCAGCAUGCCUAGUUUGGAGACCACUAACCUAGACCUUAGGUAUCCGAACUGUGGACUUCAAGAUGUUACGAAACUACAACUCCCAGCAAGCCUAGAGGAGUUGUAGUUUUGCAUUAGCUGGAGGUAGAUUACCAAAACGUGGACCUCCAGCUGUUGAAAAACUACAACUUCCAGCAUGCCUUGACAGCCUGUUGUCAGUAAACCCCAACCCUGUGACUGUCU